AGUCUAGGACCUGGAGGAAGCGCUGGGGCUGGGAGCUGCCAAGGGGGUCAUGUGACGCUCCUGCUUCGCUUCUCCCGCAGCUGCUGGGAGCUGUGACCAUGGGGCCCGGGGGCCGCGUCCUGCUGCUGGCCGCGGCGCUCCUGCCGCUGGAGGCCUGCGCCGGCGCCCGCUCCUUCCAGGUGGAUUACGCCCACGACUGCUUCCGCAAGGACGGCGCCCCCUUCCGCUACGUCUCGGGCAGCAUCCACUACGCCCGCGUCCCGCGCCCCGCCUGGCACGACCGCCUCCGGAAGAUGUACAUGAGCGGCCUCAACGCCGUGCAGGUCUACGUCCCCUGGAACUACCACGAGCCGCUGCCCGGGGUCUAUGACUUCUCUGGGGACCGAGACCUGGGACACUUCCUGAACCUGACGGCAGAGCUGGGCCUCCUGGUGAUCCUGCGGCCCGGGCCCUACAUCUGCGCCGAGUGGGAGAUGGUGAGGGCUGGGCCCGGGCUGCUCUGUCCUGAGUCUGACCCCAGCCCCUGUCUGUCUGGCCCAGGCCCCCCACCUCU